AUGUAUCGAGUACGUGAUGGUCACCACGCCUUCGUGCCAGACCGUUACGUUGUCCAUUACUGUUUCCCAAACACGGAUGGCCGAAGAGUGGACCCAGGGAAGAUUUUCCAAACCCUAAAGCUUGUCGGGGCACAUGCCGUGCCCCCCGGGCUGGUACCGCGGUUGCUGGCGUGGUGUGGACGCGGGGAGGGGCGCUACAAGGAGUGCUGCAAACGCGGAUUGUUGUUAGAAAUCAAGAAACACCUGGUAUUGCUUAUUGAGCUUCGAUCUACUCAUGGCGCAUCGUGGAUUGAGUGCGACAUGAGGGGAAACUUGUUCGACGAGAGUCCGGGGAAGGUUUUGAAAGACAAAGACGUCCAAAUUCACGAGCUUUUCAGCGACAACAAGUACGGGUUCCCCGGCCUUGGCCUCAGUUACGACGAGGUCUCGGAGACAGAUUUUGAUUUGGAUGGUGACGACAAGGCUUUGGUGGAACGUAUCAAGAGUAUCCUGAGGGAUCAGACGAACGUCAGGUGGCCAAUCCUGGCGUGCGUGCUCCCCACCCCCGAGAGCGACGUGAAGCCCCUUGAAGAGAUCAAUAGAUCAUUCGAGGGGUGGUCGACCGUCUUGCGGAGCUGUUGCCGCGACGGCAAGAAACAGCGCAAGGGAUUUGCGACGCGAAAGCUGUGGAUGUUCUUCCUCUGUCCCGUUGACCGGAGCCUCGCCGAGUGCGGCCCUGGAGGGCAAGGCUGCGAGGUGGACUUCGAGGCCACCCCUGGGACAAGACCCGGCGGCGCGUUCUCCACCCUCGUCGAGGAAUCGCUAGACUCGGGCGGCGAGGCCUUGGCGAGCUCCGCCGAGGAGAGACUGGACGGCGGUUGGCCGAAGGGGCCGCUCCAGCACGGGGCACAACAGGUCAAGCAUUUGUAA